CCUGUUCUCCAACAUCUUUUUCUCUCUCUCUCUCUCCCCAGGCCCCCUUCUCGCCGCUGGAAUGCCCGUUGAUCCUGUCGUUUGAGCGCAAAGCCGGAGAGAGAGAGAUCCAAGAAGAACUCGCAGUGCCAUUUGCACAGGGCCGACCGCGCUAAAUCAUUCCGUCCGUCUGGCACGGCUGAAGCCCUCCUGGAAGCCUCGUAGACGUGUCUGCCAAACCUUGGUCUUCCGGCAACGAUGGACGUUCCAUGGCCUUUGUUCCUGCAUAGCAUCGCCUUGGCGAUCGUGCUCUUCCUUUUCGGCCCUUCUCUAUGGCGAUUUGUUUCGCUGCGCAGGUCUGGGCUUUCGAAAAAGCUGUCUGACUACCAGUACCACGACAAGGAUGGCAUUGCCACGGAAGAGACGCAGAACGCAUAUUCUAUCAAGCUGCAAAAUGUUCUGGCUACCUUCCUUUCGCUUGCCGGUUUUGGUCUCUCUCUGGCAGCUGCCGUCCGCGGGACGGUGGCCGACGAGAAUUUGAUCAGCGUGUGGCUUCACUUUGGACUAUGGGUUCUUGUCCUGGUUCAGCAUCUCCUCGUUCUAAACGAGCACCAGCCGGUGCUCGUUUACUCGAUCGCGUUAACUGAAGGGCUUUCAUGCCUAGUGAUCAUUUUGUUAAAUGCAGGAAUUGUCUAUCUAACCGCCGUGGGGCUCAUGGAGCAGACAAGCAACUACCCACUGUUCCCAGCAGCCGGAAUUGCCGUUGCGGUCUGCGACUUUAUUGUCUGCUUCAGCUAUCCUAGGCGACCGCAUGUCACCUUCGAAGGCCAGCCAGUCGACGCCGCUUCUUCUGUUUCGGCGCUCGAUCGAUAUACCUAUUCGUGGCCAGGCCCGCUUCUAGCUGCUGCCAAACGUCUAAAGGAUCUGGAAUACAGCGACAUCCCUGUUUUAGGAGCCGAAGAUCGAACCAGUGAGUUAACCGCAACCUUCAAAGAGAACCUCGGGCGGACGCACAGCAUGUUGAAGUCUGUUCUCUUAUCACAUCUGUCAACAUUCUUGUGGCAACACAUCUACACCGUUGUCGACGCCAUGUUAAUGGUUGCACCGCAAUUUGUGAUGUACCAACUUUUGCGGCUGCUCGAGCAACGUGACGCAGGUGCGGAUAUUGCAGCUGCAGCAAGGUUUUGGGUAGUUGCGUUGGGCGUUGCCAUCCUUGCGGGUGCAUUCACGAACAACCAGAUGUGGUUCCUAUGCUAUCGACUGAACUUUGCGGUCCGGGCUCAGCUGGGGGGCAUGAUCUUUGAUAAAUCUACACGGAGAAAAGACGUAAAAGGCGUGGUUGCUAACAAAGGCAACAAUGUUGACAUUGAUGUGGAGCAAGCCGACGCGGGUGAGCCACAGGCUCAGCUUGAGCGAGCUGACGAGCCUAGCCCCGAGGACGUAGAAGAUCAGCUGAAAAAGACAAGACAAGGUGUCGUAAAUCUCAUUGGGGUAGACGCAAAGCGUGUGUCAGAUUUCAGCACUGUCUGCAACAUGUUUCUCGGCGCUCUUUGCCGGCUUGCGUUCUCAUUCGGCAUCCUGGGAAAGCUUCUAGGUUGGAAGCCUUUGGUUGCGGGUAUCCUUGUUCAGCUCUGCACAUUGCCUGUCAAUAUAUACUUUUCAAAGAAGUACACGAAGGGACAAAACGUACUUAUGGAGCAAAGGGACAAGAUUCUUGCAGCUGUCAACGAGAUGCUAGGUGGUAUUCGCCAGAUCAAGUUCGCAGCUUUGGAACAACAAUGGCAGGAUAGGAUUCUGAAGGUUCGAAAUGACCAGCUUGCUGCGCAAUGGGCUUGCUUGCUUUACGACACGGUUCUGGUCUGUCUCUGGCUCACAGGUCCGGUCCUCCUCUCUGCCACCACCAUUGGAGUGUAUGCCAUGAUUCACGGCGGUCUCCCGCCAUCGGUAGCUUUCACAACAAUCUCAAUUCUCGGUCAAAUCGAGGGCACCCUUGCCUGGCUUCCAGAGCUGACCACGAAUAUGCUUGAUGCUUAUGUGAGUCUCAAGCGUAUCGGCGAAUAUCUGGAUGGACCAGAAAAGGAGGAAAUUGUUGAGCCCGCAGAUCAUGUAGCUUUCAAGGAUGCCACAAUCUCCUGGCCUUCUGAUGGCGACGUUGAGGAUGUUUUUACACUCCGAAACAUCAACCUUGACUUUCCCAACGGCGAGCUCAGCGUUGUCAGCGGUCGUACCGGCACGGGCAAAAGUCUUCUGCUUGCAGCGAUACUAGGCGAAGUCGAACUGCUCUCAGGGAAAAUAACGGCACCGAAAGCCCCCCCGAUAGAAGAACGCCAUGAUGAGAAGGCCAAUCGCGCGAAUUGGCUGCUUCCUGGAGUUAAGGCGUACGUGAGCCAGCAGCCGUGGCUUGAAAAUGCAACGUUCAAAGAUAACAUUCUCUUCGGAUUACCCUUUGACGAGCAGCGGUAUAAGCAGGUGAUCUCAGUCUGCGCCCUUGAGCAAGAUUUGAAAAUCAUGACAGACGGCGAUUCAACCGAAAUUGGUGCCAACGGUAUUAAUUUGUCUGGCGGCCAGAAAUGGCGUGUUACACUUGCAAGAGCUUUGUAUUCGCGAGCUACAAUUCUGGUGUUAGACGACAUCUUUAGCGCGGUUGAUGCCCAUGUUGGGAAACAUAUCUUCGAAAAUGCCCUGACUGGUGAUAUCUGCAAAGGACGAACGAGAAUACUGGUCACCCAUCACGUCAGCCUCUGCCUACCAGCAACAAAAUAUGAAGUGCGUCUGGGAGAUGGUACCGUCGAAUUCGCAGGCUUCGUGACUGAUCUAGAGCGGAGAGGAAUCCUGGAAACAAUCGUCGAUGAACCUGAAGAAGAUGCCGUGGAUGAGAUAACGGCGGAAGAUAGGCUGGAGGUGAUCCAACGAACACGCACGCGUAGCAGUACGGCCAAGAGACCACAUAGGCAGUCCUUUGCAAAUGGCACAGCCAAUGGAAACAAGCGCGCGCUCUCUCACUCAAGCGUCAAAAGCGACAUUAUUGAUGAUGGCUCCAAUGCGGUAGAGGCGAAGGCAGCACCGAAGAAAUUUGUCGAGGAAGAAAAGAAGGAAACUGGAUGGGUCAAGCUGUCCGUGUACAAGGCAUAUCUUGACGCUUGCGGUGGUGUCCCUUUUUGGAUCGUGGUCGCUAUCGGAUUCGGAGGUUAUGAGGCCUUGCUUCUUGGUCGAUCGUGGGUCUUACGUUUAUGGACUGAAACAUACGAAAGCGAAAGCCACAUCCUCAAAAACUGGUACAGUACAUCAAACACAUUUGUUGUUCAGGGCACUUCAGCUAGGUUCGACCUUGUCAGUGAACCUCGCUACGAGAAAACACUCUCUUACUGGCUCGCGUUGUAUUUCGGAUUCGCCGCCGCCAUCAUCGUCGAAGGAACGUUGCGCUAUCUUUGGGUGUUUUAUGGUUCCAUCAAAGCAAGCCGUAAGCUCUUCCAGGAUCUGACCUACGCUGUUCUCCGGGCACCCUUACGAUGGCUCGAUACCAUGCCAGUUGGACGAAUUCUGAACCGCUUCUCCGCAGAUUUCAACCAGGUCGACUCGGCUCAAGCUUAUAAUUUUGCCUUCUGCCUAUAUAAUUUGAUGGUUGUCCUGGGUAUUAUCAUCGCCGGUAUUAUCGUCUCACCCGUCAUUAUCCUUUGUGCUAUCGUCCUCCUGACGAUAUGUGGACGGUAUGCGCUUUACUAUCUCAUCGCAGCGCGACAGCUCAAGCGCCUUGAGUCAACCGCGAAGUCUCCAGUCUUCGAAGUCUUCUCGACAGCGCUCGCAGGUAUUGGUACCAUUCGUGCGUUCGACAGGCAGAGAGCAUACAUUACAAAUAUGUAUUCAAGGCUCGAUACCCACGCGAGAAUGCUGUAUUACAUGUGGCUGGCCAAUCGAUGGUUGUCCUGGAGACUAAACUGCAUCGGUGCUAUGUUUGCCUUCCUCGUUGCCGCACUAGUCAUCAGCUUGAAAGGCAUGGAUGCUGCACUCUCCGGCUUUGCCCUAGGUUUUGCGCUGCAAUACACAGAAGCAGUAACAUGGCUGCUGAGAAAUUUUGCUGGAGUAGAGAUGAACAUGAACUCAACAGAGCGCAUUCUUGAAUACUCUGGCAUCACGAUCGAGAAGCAGGACGGCGCAGACGCCCCAGCUGCAUGGCCAACAGAAGGCCGACUGGAAGUUCAAGAACUGGUUGUUGGAUAUGCUGAUGAUCUGCCUCCGGUACUUAAAGGGCUGUCCUUCAGUGUAAAUCGUAACGAACGCGUAGGCGUAGUUGGUCGAACAGGUGCAGGCAAGUCAAGUUUGACGCUCGCUCUAUUCCGCUUCCUCGAGGCACGAUCAGGGAGUGUUGUCAUCGACGGAAUCGAUAUUUCUAAAAUAAAACUGCAUGACUUAAGAAGUAGACUUGCGAUCAUUCCGCAAGAUCCAGUACUGUUCAGCGGCACCGUUCGAUCCAACCUUGAUCCCUUCGAUCAACACACCGAUCAGGAGCUACGCGAUGCACUAGAGCGAGUCCAUCUAGUCUCCUCGGCCAAAACGUCUGGUACAGCGACGCCGGCGAAUCCAGCUCCAGAUGCCGAAGGUGUGACUGACUGGGCGAAGAACACAAACCCGUUCACUUCUUUGAGCUCUCCCAUUUCUGAAGGCGGUCUGAACCUGUCGCAGGGACAACGGCAGCUGCUCUGCUUGGCGCGCGCUAUUGUGUCGAGACCCAAGAUCAUGAUUUUGGACGAGGCGACUUCGGCAGUUGACAAGCACACUGACGCUCUGAUUCAACGAAGUAUCCGAGAAGAGUUCCAAGACGCCACAUUGAUUGUUAUCGCCCAUCGUCUUAGCACGAUUGCAGACUUUGACCGAAUCCUGGUGAUGGAUCAAGGUAAGGUGGCCGAAUAUGAUACUCCAGCGGCAUUGAUCCAGAUUCCAGAUGGAGUGUUCAGGGGCAUGGUGGAAAGCAGCGGUGAGAAAGAGAUGCUCCAUCAAGUCAUUCUUGGUGCCGAAGAAGAAUAAGAAUAUAGAAUUGUAUUGAUUUUUAUUGUACAUUUUGACAAGGCGCAACCGGACGGAGUCCAAAAAAAAAGGGGAUAUAAAAUGUUUCUUAGAUGUUAGAUACAAUUAAUUCGAGAUACAAUAUUUCUGGG